GAAAAAAAAAUGGAAUCCUUGGUUCAAAAACAGAAUCCUUUGCAUCCAUCCAUGUCUUCCAUCCAUCUUUUCCCCUCCUCGUAUUCAAUUGAAUGCGCCACCGAUCCCACCGCCGCCGCCGCCGCCGCCUCCCCCAUCCCGUCGGGGCCGGCGGAUUCGGUCUGCCCUAGCCCUAGCGCCGCCGCCGCCUCCCCCAUCCCGUUGGGGCCGCCGGACUCGGCCUGCGCUAGCCCUAGCGCCGCCGCCUCCCCCAUCCCGUCGGGGCCGCCGGAUUCGGCCUGCCCUAGCCCUACCACCGCCGCCUCCCCCAUCCCGUUGGGGCCGCCGGAUUCGGCCUGCCCUAGCCCUACCGCCGCCGCCGGCAUGGACGACUUCGUGCUCCGGUCCGGCGUGCGCGUGGGGCUGAAGCGCGAGUUCGCCUUCGCCAUCGCCUCCCAGGCCGCCCUCGCCCCCUCCCUCGGCCGCACCCGCUCCUCCCGUUCAUCCGCCGCCGCCGCCGUCCUCUCCCCGCCGACCACCAAGCCCAAUCCCAAGCCCUCCCGCUCCUCCAAGCGCUCCCGCCCCUCGGACUCGGCGCCCGCCAAGCGCGCCCGCUCGCGGCCCCCGGAUCCGGACCCCGCCGCCGCGGAUCCGCCGCGGGAUCCUCCUCCUCCCCCCGCCGGCGCCGGCGCCCACGCGGAUGUGCCGGCUGACGCCCCGUUCUCUGCCAUCGCAAACGGGCCCCAACUGCCUCCCGCCGCCUCCACGCCCACCGCCAACAGGCCCCAGCCGCCUCCCGCCGUCGCCGGGGAUGAGCCGGUGCUCGCCCUGUUCGCCGCCAACGCGCCCACCGCAAGCGCGCCCCAACCGCCUCCGCAGCAGCAGCAGGAGGCCUUCUUCAUCCCGCCGGAGACGCCGCCCCGGCGGGUCACCCGCUCCAUGCUCUCCCAGCCCGCCGCCUCCCCUGCCCCCACCGCCGCCACCGCUCCCCCACAGCCAACCAGACCCAAACCCAAACACCAACCCAAGCCCAUGCUCAAACCCAAGCAGGAGCCCGUGGACGAGCCCACCGACCACCUCCAGCCCUACCCCGGGGGACUCGCCGGAGGCGUAGCAAGCCCGGCGUCACCCCGCCGCUUCACCAGGUCGCUCCUGCAACAGGUCAAACAGCCAGUGGACGACGGCGACAACGACGAGUCGGGCACCACCACCGCCAGCAGCUCCCCGUCGCCCUCCCCCAAGAGCACCAAGCGCGGCGCCAGCCUCAAGGCCAAGUCCGAGGGGCCAGAUGGAAUCCCCAAGAACCUCAGGGAGCUCUUCGCCACCGGCUUGCUCGAGGGCCAGCCCGUCAACUACUUCAUGAACAAGGGGAAGCGACCAGUACUUCGUGGAGUCAUCAAAGACACGGGCAUAUUGUGCUCUUGCACUUCAUGUAAAGGCCGAAAUGUCGUUUCGCCUUUUUAUUUCGAGGUGCAUGCCGGGAGCCAUAAAAAGCGCCCCUCCGAUUACAUUUUCCUGGAAAGUGGAAAUACUCUGCAUGAUGUAUUGAGGGCGUGCACAGAUGCGACUGUAGACACACUGGAAUCUGCAAUACUGGGAGCAAUAGGCCCGGUGCCUAAGAAGAGGACAGUGACAUGCCAGGACUGCAAAAGUUCGUUUAAAACUUUCCGCGCUGGAAAAUUUGCUUCCUUCUGUGAUACAUGUCUGGAGUCUAAGGAAGCUCAGAGCACCGCAAGGCCGAGAGGACGGCCACCAAAGAAUCUCUCCCCAGGAACGAAAACCACAAGCGCAGCAAGCCCAACUUCAUCAUAUGGAGCGAAGACUACACGUGCAGGAAGUCCAACUUCAUACGGCAGGGUGCCUAGGAAUUUCUACCCAGUAGCCAAGACAAUAAGUGCAGCAAGCCCAACCUCAUCUGGCAGGGUGCCUAAGAAUUUCUCCCCAGGAUCCAAGCCUACAAGUGCAGGAAGAAUCACAAGAAAGGACCAUGGCUUGCACAAGUUGGUUUUCAUGAGUGGUGUUUUGGCGGAGGGCACAGACGUCGGCUAUUAUGUCCAGGGAAAGAGGUUGCUGGAUGGCCACAUAAAGGAACAUGGAAUCUAUUGUUAUUGCUGCAAUACAGUGGUUAGCCCUUCACAGUUUGAAGGCCAUGCUGGCCGAGCUGCUCGGCGCAAACCUUACCACAACAUAUACAUUUCCAAUGGCGUUUCACUACAUGAGCUGUCGGUUUCUCUUUCAAAAGGCCGAAAACCUUCAGAAAAGCAGAACGAUGACUUAUGCAGCAUCUGUUCAGAUGGCGGGGAGCUGCUUCUUUGUGACUCCUGCCCGAGAGCUUUUCACAGAGAAUGUGUUGGCUUGUCUUCUGUACCGAAGGGAGCUUGGUGUUGCCGGUAUUGUGAAAACAGGCAACAGAGAGAAAGUUAUUUGGCAUACAACAACAAUGCAAUAGCCGCUGGGAGGGUUGAUGGAGUUGAUUCCAUCGGACAAAUAUUUACGCGGUCGAUCCGUAUUGCCACAGCACCUCAGGGUGCAUUUGGUGGAUGCGCAUUGUGCAAGCAACAUGAUUUUGGCAAAAAGAAAUUUAGUGAACGAACUGUGCUGCUCUGUGACCAAUGUGGGAGGGAAUAUCACGUUGGAUGCCUGAAAGAACACAACAUGGCUGAUUUGACGGCAUUGCCCGAGGGAGCAUGGUUUUGUUCCACUGUAUGUGUGGAGAUCUGCGAGGCACUGAAGGACCUGGUCAGUCGUGGAGCGGAACCUGUUCCUGCCGUGGAUGUUGAUCUCAUAAAGAAGAAGCGCGCGGAGAAAGGUUUGAAUGACGAUGGCGACCUUGAUGUUAGAUGGAGGGUUUUGAGGGACAAAAGUUCAGAAGAUAGUAAAGUGGUGCUGUCCAAGGCGGUUGGUAUUUUCCAUGAAUCAUUUGAUCCUAUCAUCCAAGCUGGGACGGGGCGAGACCUGAUUCCAGCCAUGGUCUAUGGGAGGAGCGUAAGGGAUCAAGAUUACACAGGGAUGUACUGUGCGGUGUUAACUGUCGGCAAGACGGUGGUUUCUGCUGGACUCUUCCGUGUCAUGGGCAACGUAGCCGCGGAGCUCCCCUUGGUCGCGACGAGCAGGGAUAACCAAGGCUUGGGGUACUUCCAGGCGCUGUUUGCGUGCAUCGAGCGGCUGCUGUCGUCCCUCAAGGUGAAGCACUUUGUGCUGCCGGCGGCAGAGGAGGCGGUGUCGAUCUGGACGCAGCGGUUCGGGUUUGGCACGAUAACCCAGGACAAGCUGCUGGAGCACCUCAAGGGCGGGCGACCGACGGUGUUCCACGGCACGUCGACCCUGCACAAGCCUGUCCCGGUGGCUGAGGCGGAGGCGCGGGUGCCUGAGGAGGAGGAGGAGGAGGAAGCGCCGGUGCCCGAGGAGAAGUCGGAAGAAGAGCCGGUGCCGGUGCCGGCGGCCUUGGAGUGAGGAGGAGGAGGAGGAGCUAGGAGGAGUUGUUUCUCUUUAUUUUGGGAGGGGGGAGGAUGGAUUUGUAAUGGUGUAAUGUAGAGACAGAGACAGGGAUUUUCCUUGAUUUUGGUUUGGUUUGGUUUGGUUUGGUACUGCGCUGCGCUGUGGUGUGCAGCUAGUCCAGUCUAGUUCUAGUAGGAUAUGGAUAUGGUGUGGGUUUUGUUGAAGGGUGGUAUGGUAUGGUAGUGGUGGAUUUAUGUUU